UCCCACUUUCCGUUGUAUACCCAUCAAGGUCACAAAUUUUACCGAUUCAUCAUUUUUGUUUACGUUGUAAUAAUCAAAAGAUUACAUUGAGAGCUUCUAAUUGGUGCAAAAAUCUAUUUUUAUUGACCCAUCGUUACAGAACCGUUUAAUUGCAUUAAGAGUCGUUCUCGCUUCGCUUGACAAAACACACCCAAAAUGGCCUUAACCGUGCAAAAGAUUUUCACACCAAGCACGCUCACGCGUGCAUUUUCGGUAACAGCCGCCCGAAAAUCUGGCUUCAAUUUUGAACUGAAUGAAACUCAACGAGAAAUGCAAGCCAUGGCACGCAAAUUCGCUCGGGAGGAGAUUGCACCUCAAGCGGCUCAUUUCGACAGAACCGGGGAAUACCCGAUUGAAAUUUUGAAAAAAGCAUGGGCUGUGGGUUUGAUGAAUUCGCACAUUCCCGAACACUGCGGUGGCUUGAAUCAGGGCGUUUUUGAUGCCUGUUUGAUGGGGGAAGAACUGUCUUGGGGGUGUUCAGGGAUUGGGACUGUGAUUGGUUCGUCACAUCUAGGGCAAGUCCCUGUGAUUCUAAACGGGACAAAAGAACAACAAAAGAAGUAUUUGGGGCGGUUGAUUGAGGAACCUUUAGUUGCUGCUUAUGCCGUCACAGAGCCGGGCUGUGGCUCCGACGUGAACGGUGUCAAAACCCGAGCUGAGAAAAAAGGUGAUGAGUACGUAAUCAACGGCCAAAAAAUGUGGAUAACAAACGGAGGCGUCGCUAACUGGUACUUUGUCCUUGCUCGGACUAACCCUGACCCCAAAGCCCCCGCUAGUAAAGCCUUCACUGGGUUUAUCGUCGAUAGAGACACCCCUGGGGUAACCCCCGGCCGUAAAGAAAUGAACAUGGGGCAACGAGCCUCCGACACCCGCGGAGUAACCUUUGAAGAAGUGCGCGUUCCGAAGGAAAACGUCCUUUUGGGCGAAGGCGCCGGGUUUAAAAUCGCCAUGGGGGCGUUUGACACCACGCGCCCCCCGGUGGCUUGUGGGGCCACUGGUGUAGCACAGAGGUGUCUUGACGAAGCUACGAAAUAUUCGCUCGAACGUAAAACGUUCGGUGUUCCCAUUGCCUACCACCAAGCUGUGGCUUUUAUGUUGGCUGAUAUGGCCAUUGGGGUUGAGACGGCCAGGUUGGCGUGGAUGAGGGCCGCCUGGGAGGCUGAUCAUGGGAUUAGGAACAGUUAUUCGGCUUCGAUUGCGAAGGCUUAUGCUGGAGAUGUGGCCAAUAAGUGUGCUUCAGACGCGGUGCAGAUUUUUGGAGGUGCUGGGUUUAAUAGUGAGUAUCCGGUGGAGAAGCUGAUGAGGGAUGCGAAGAUUUACCAGAUUUAUGAGGGGACGACGCAGAUUCAGAAGUUGGUGAUUUCGAGGACUGUGCUCGAGGCGAGCAAAAGAAUGGCUUAGGUUUUAGAAUGAAAAAAUCAAAUUUUUAUACAUAUUGUUACAACCUGAGUGUAAUAAAGUUUUAUUAAAAA